AUGGUCACAGCGAGAAGGAUGCUGCAGCAAGCUCUACGAGUGUCCGGCCGGGGCGCCUUCCCCCUGGCCAAGUGGAUGGAGAGGUGGGCCGAGGGCCUGCAGGGCUCCAAGGCGCUCCGGUCCCUGGACGACAUGCCCGGGCCGUCCGUCGCCAGCUUCGCCUACGACUUAUUCGCCAAACGGGGACUGUCGAGGCUGCACGAGUUACAGCUGGAAGGGCUGCAGCGGUACGGCCCCAUGUGGAAGGCCAGCUUUGGCCCCAUCCUCACAGUUCACGUGGCCCAUCCGACGCUGAUCGAGCAGGUCCUGAGGCAGGAGGGCCUGCACCCCAUGCGUUCUGACCUUUCCUCUUGGAAAGACUACAGGAAGCUCAGGGGACAUCAUUACGGACUCUUAACAUCUGAGGGGGAGGAGUGGCAGGCGGUGAGAAGUCUCCUGGGGAAACACAUGCUGCGGCCCAAGGCAGUGGAAGCUUAUGAUAAGACGCUGAACAGCGUGGUCGGUGACCUGAUUGCCAAACUUCGCUUCUGCAGAAGUCCCGAAGGCCUCGUCUCUGACAUCGCCAGCGAGUUCUAUCGCUUCGGCCUGGAGGGGAUCUCCUCAGUGCUGUUCGAGUCCAGGAUCGGGUGUCUGGAUCAGGUUGUUCCUGAAGAGACGGAGCGCUUCAUCCAGUCCAUCAACACCAUGUUUGUGAUGACUCUUCUCACCAUGGCCAUGCCGAGCUGGCUUCACCAGCUCUUCCCCAAACCCUGGAACGUCUUCUGCCAGUGCUGGGACUACAUGUUUGACUUUGCAAAAGGUCACAUUGACCAGCGCCUGACUGCCGAGGCGGAGAAAAUUGCCCGAGGGGAGAAGGUGGAGGGCCGUUAUCUCACCUACUUCUUGUCACGGAUGGGGCUGCCCAUGAAAACCGUCUACAGCAACAUCACGGAGCUGCUCCUCGCAGGGGUCGACACCAUCUCCAGCACAAUGUCCUGGUCCUUGUACGAGCUUUCCCGGCACCCAGACGUUCAGACCGCACUCAGACAGGAAGUCUUGUCUGUCCUCGAACAUCGGAAAAUACCAGACGCUGCAGAUGUGGCCCGCAUGCCUCUCCUGAAAGCCACAGUCAAAGAAGUGCUCAGGUUGUACCCCGUAAUUCCUGCCAAUGCGAGAGUCAUCCCAGAGAGGGACAUUCAGGUUGGAGGCUACCUCAUCCCCAAAAACACUCUGAUUACCUUGUGCCACUUUGCAACAUCCCGGGAUCCAGCGGUGUUUAAAAAUCCAGACGACUUCCAGCCGUCCCGCUGGCUCGCCAAGGAGGAGAGCCAUCACCCGUACGCCUCGGUGCCGUUUGGCGUGGGGAAGCGAAGCUGCAUCGGGCGGCGUAUCGCUGAGCUGGAGCUUUAUCUUGCUCUCGCCAGGAUUCUCAUAGAGUUUGAUGUGAAGCCAGACCCAGAGGGAGUUUCUGUGAAGCCUAUGACACGGACUCUACUGGUUCCUGAAAAUGUCAUUAGCCUCCAGUUUAUUGAACGAUGACCUACUCUCCUGAGCUGAUCAGUUACGUGAAUGUGAACGUGAGUCCCUCGGCAGUGUGGCGAAC